AUGGGCGAACCCGCAAAGACGUACAAGGUGGCCGACAUCAACCUCGCUGCUUUUGGCAGGAGGGAGAUUGAGCUGGCCGAGCAGGAGAUGCCGGGCUUGAUGCUCACCCGCGAGAAGUACCAUGCCGACCAGCCAUUGAAGGGCGCUCGUAUUGCCGGGUGUCUUCACAUGACCAUCCAGACCGCCGUCCUCAUCGAGACCCUCAAAGCCCUUGGUGCCGAGCUCACCUGGACCUCUUGCAACAUCUUCUCCACCCAGGACCACGCUGCCGCCGCCAUUGCCGCCGGCGGCACCCCUGUCUUCGCCUGGAAGGGCGAGACCGAGGAGGAGUACGAGUGGUGCUUGGAGCAGCAGCUCAAGGCCUUCCCCUCCGGCCAGCACCUCAACCUCAUCCUCGACGACGGCGGUGAUCUGACCGCUCUCGUGCACAAGAAGUACCCCGACAUGCUCAAGGGCUGCUACGGCGUGUCCGAGGAGACGACCACCGGCGUGCACCACCUGUACCGCAUGCUGAAGGACCUCGGCAAGCCCUCCGGCCUGCUGGUCCCCUCCAUCAACGUCAACGACUCCGUCACCAAGAGCAAGUUUGACAACCUCUACGGCUGCAGAGAGAGCUUGGUCGAUGGCAUCAAGCGUGCCACCGAUGUCAUGAUUGCCGGCAAGAUUGCCUGCGUCGCUGGCUUCGGCGACGUCGGCAAGGGCUGCGCACAGGCUCUGCACUCCAUGGGCGCGCGUGUGUUGGUGACGGAAAUCGACCCCAUCAACGCUCUGCAGGGCGCCAUGGCCGGCUACGAGGUCGUGACGAUGGAAGAGGCGGCCCCGCUCGCGCAAAUCUUCGUCACCACCACCGGCUGCCGCGACAUCAUUGUCGGCAAGCACUUUGAGCAGAUGCGCGAGGACGCGAUUGUGUGCAACAUCGGCCAUUUCGACAUUGAAAUCGACGUUGCGUGGCUCAAGAAGACGGCCAAGGACAAGGUCAGCAUCAAGCCGCAGGUCGACCGCUUCACCAUGCCCAGCGGCCGCCACAUCAUCCUGCUCGCCGAGGGCCGUCUCGUCAACCUCGGCUGCGCCACCGGCCACUCCUCCUUCGUCAUGUCCUGCUCCUUCACCAACCAGGUGCUGGCGCAGAUCAUGCUGUACAACGCCGGCAACAAGGCGUUCGCCAAGAAGUACGUCGAGUUUGCACGUGCCAUUGAGGGCGAGGAGGAUGCUGCUGGCUCCGUCAAGAAGCAGGCCAGCUCCAGCGUGCCCCGCCUGCCCAUUGGCGUCUACGUCCUGCCCAAGAUCCUCGACGAGCAGGUUGCUCUGCUCCAUCUUGACCACGUCAACGCCAAGUUGACCAAGAUGACCGACGCGCAGGUCGAGUACAUGAGCUUGCCUCGCGAGGGACCCUACAAGAGCGAGAUGUACCGCUACUAG